CGAUCAGAUCUUGGCCCGCGACGGCUCGCGCAGCCCGAACGCGCACAAGGUGGCAGUGCGAUUGAGCAAGAAGCUGCGACAGUUGCAGUACGAGCGUGAGGCCAUGCGCCACGUCGGCCUUCCAGGCAUGCUACUGCACCGCGUCGCGACCCGGGACCGAUGCACACUGCAAGAGCUGGCCGCGAAGACCGAUACAACAGACUACGCAGCGGAAGCCGCCGCGGCGGCCAAGCAGUUUUGCCGGCGUAUCCACAAGUCCGAGACCCAUGGCGAUUGCAGCUUUGGCAAUAGCUGUCGGCUGGAUCGCCGGCGAACGCACGACUGGGGAUGUGGGAAGCGGCAUCGCAAGACCAACUGGUGCCGUGACUACGACGACGAGGUCGCAGCAAAUGCAGAUGCCUUCGGCGACAUGUGGACUACCGACGACGGCGAUGAUGACGACGAGGAAAGCAACCUUGCAACGGAAGGCAGCGACGACGAGUACGACUUUUGUGUCGACGUGGUCGCAACACCGACGCCAACGCCUCAGACCAUGUGUGCUUUAAGCUAACUACACACACAGUAAG